CCCGUUCCCCUGCGGGCCUUCGGUGCUGGCGGUGACGUCACUCCCGGCCGCUGCCUGGCGCGAGGCGGCGGCGGCGGCUCCGGGCGGCGGCGCCAUGUUCCAGGCCUUGUACAACUGCUUCUGGUGGGAGCGGCUCUGGCUCCCGGCGAACCUCACCUGGGCCGACCUGGAGGACCGGGAUGGGAGAGUCUACGCCAAAGCCUCCGACCUCUACAUCACCAUCCCCUUGGCCUUCGUCUUCCUCGUUGUCCGGCACCUCUUCGAGACGUACGUGGCCACCCCCCUGGCCGGGCUCCUGAACGUCAAGGAGAAGAUCAGGUUAAAAGCCACCCCCAACCCCGUGCUGGAGAAGUUCUAUGCUGCCACCUCCAAGCACCCCAAGCAGGCUGAUGUGGAGAUGCUCUCCAAGAAGAGCGGUUGCACCGUGCGGCAAGUGGAGCGCUGGUUCCGCCGCCGCCGCAACCAGGACCGGCCCAGCCUGCUCAAGAAGUUCAGGGAGGCCAGUUGGAGAUUCACCUUUUACCUUAUUGCUUUCAUUGCUGGCAUGGCUGUUAUAGUGGAUAAACCCUGGUUCUAUGACCUCCGGGAGGUGUGGAAGGGAUACCCCAUCCAGAGCAUGCUGCCCUCCCAGUACUGGUACUACAUGAUCGAGCUCUCCUUCUACUGGUCCCUGCUCUUCAGCAUCGCCUCCGAUGUCAAACGCAAGGACUUCAAGGAACAAAUCAUCCACCACGUGGCCACCAUCAUCCUCAUCAGCUUCUCCUGGUUUGCCAACUACGUCCGUGCGGGGACGCUCAUCAUGGCCCUGCACGACUCCUCGGACUAUCUGCUGGAGUCUGCCAAGAUGUUCAACUACGCCGGCUGGAGGAACACCUGCAACAACAUCUUCAUCGUCUUCGCCGCCGUCUUCAUCAUCACCCGCUUGGUCAUUCUGCCCUUCUGGAUCAUGCACUGCACCGUGGUUUACCCGCUGGAGCUCUACCCGGCCUUCUUCGGCUACUACUUCUUUAACUUCAUGAUGGCCGUGCUGCAGUCGCUGCACAUCUUCUGGGCCUACCUCAUCAUCCGCAUGGCCCAGAAGUUCAUAACUGGAAAGGUGGUGGAGGACGAGAGGAGCGACCGCGAGGAGACGGACAACUCGGAGGAGGAGGAGGAGAAGAACGGGCCCCUCUCCAACGGGCACCCGGUGCUCAACAACAACCACCGCAAAACCGACUGAGGCACCGGAGCCACCGCCCUGGGGUGUCCCCCCCGCCGCCACCACCAC